ACAUAAUUGAGCUCCAUUCUUACCAUAGAAAAGAAAAAAAUAUCUCACUAAUAUCUCAAUCCAUUUUUCUCAUUCUGAGUCUCCAACAGCUCCUAAUUAUCUAACCUUAUCACUUCAAUUGUUCAUUACGCUGUCAAACUUAAACAAAUUACAGUCUUAUUAUACUCUAAAUCUUCCAAUGUUUCCUGCCCUGUGCCUAAGUUCCCCAAGAGCUACACCACCAUCAGAAUCCUUAGGUGUUAGCAUAGAAAGCCAUGCAAAUUCAAAGCAUAUUGGAGUCAAUUAUGUGUUUAUUGGCCCUCUCACUACCAAAUAUCGCCCUGUCAUUGUUAAGGCUGCAAAAGAAGACCGAAACACCAAACCGAAUAGUGUGAUUUGUGCUGACUGUGAUGGGAAUGGAGCAGUUCAAUGCUCUCAAUGCAAAGGCAAUGGGGUGAACUCUGUUGAUAUUUUCAAUGGACAGUUUAAAGCUGGUGACUCCUGUUGGCUUUGCGGAGGAAGGAAGGAGAUGUUAUGCGGAAAUUGCAAUGGUGCAGGCUUUGUUGGUGGCUUCUUGAGCACUUACGAUCAGUAGGAACAAAGUCCUUGAAUUGCUGUGAUACUUAUAUGUCUGUGCACACAUAUACAUGUCUUCAACACUUUCACUCUGCAGAUUUUAUAUUUGGUACUUGUAAGUUCACUUGAAGACUUCAAUGGUUGUUUAAAAACAAAAAACAUAACAGUGUGGCUGCGACAGCUCUCUGAGAUUCCUUUCAUUUAAACAAAACUCAUCAUAUUAGCUCUGCUAGUCCUUUUGAAAUUACUUAAAGUUACUCAAUCCAACGUGGGACUAUAUAUUUUAA